AUUGAACAAAUUAAUAUUAAAUCUCAAUUAGAAUUAAUUGAACAAAGAAAUCAAUUAGAUAUUAAAAUUAAUGAAUAUAAACAAUUACAAAAUGAAUUUGAACAAUAUAAAUUAAAUUUUAAUACAAAUUCGAAUGAUAUGACAGACCUUAAUCAACAGUUAAUAAAACAACGUAAUGAAUAUGAAGAAUUUAAGAAAAAGUUGGAUAAAACUAAUCGUGAAAUGAAUACAGUCAAAGAACGAUUUAAUCGACAAGCUAAUGAACUUGAAGACAAAUUAAAACUUCUCAAGGAUAAAGAUUCUAUCAAUCAUCAAUUAGAGGAUGAUUUAACAAAUAGUCGUAAAGAAUUAGAACUAACAAAACAACGUUUACGACAAAUUGAAGAAGAUCAACAUGCUCAAUUAUCUCAAACAGAAUCAACAACAAAUUACCUGGAACGACGUAUUCAUGAAUUAGAUAAAACAAUUCAUCAAUUAACAGUUGAAAAACAACAAAUUAUGUUAAAAUAUGAUCGUGAAUUAACAGAUCUACGUGAAACAUAUGAAAAUCAAGUAUCAUUAUGUAAAAAAGAAAUGCAAAACGAAGUUGAUCGUUUAAAUGAACAUUAUCAACAAUUAUCAAAUGAUGAACAAAUAAGAGCACGUACAAAUUUAGAAUUAAAACAACAAGAACUUCGUCAAGAAUUUGAAAUAGAAAAAGCAAAUCUUCUUGCACAAUGGAAAAAUGAAGUUAAUUUAACUAAAACAGAAAAAAAUGAAACUAAUCAACAAUUAAAUCAAUUAAAAGAAAAUUAUACAAAACAAAUUGAUGAAUUAAAAAAACAAUUAGAAAAUAUUAAAAAUGAAUAUUCAAAUAUUCAAAAACAAUUCAAUGAUAUUCAAUCAUUAAAUUCUGAAUAUAAAAAACAAAUUGAAAAACUUCAUUUAGAUUCAGAACAACAAUCAAAAACAAAAGAACAAUUUCAAAUUGAAUGUGAUCAGUUAAAAAAACAAUAUCAUGAUUUAGAAAUCAAUUCAACAAAUGAAUUAAAAGAUAAAAUAGAAAAAUUAACAUCAGAAUUAAAUGAAAAAUGGUCAAAAAAAUUUAAAUCAGAUUAUGAAAAAAUUCGAAAAGACCUUACACAACAAAAAGAUGAAGAAAGAUUAAAAGCGAUUGAAGAAAUACAAAGACAAAAACAAAAUGAUUUAAAAUUAGCACAAAAUCAAAUUAAUGAACUUGAACAACAAUUACAACAAAUACAAACUCAACUUCUUAGUCAACAACAUAAAUCCAAAGAAGAAAGUUUAAUGGCAUUACAAAAUGCUAGUGAAGAUAAACGUCGUACAAUAAAUGAAUUUCAAAUGCGUAUACAAGAUUUAACUACAGAAAUUCAAAGAUUAGAAGGUAAAAAUCAAGAAGAAUUACUUAAACAAAAAUUACAAUUAGAAAAAGAACAUAUUAAUCAAAUAAAUGAAUUAAAAGCUCGUCAUAUGGAAGAUAUACGUGGUCAACAACUUGCUUAUAAUACUCAUUUAGAAAAAAUUCGUUCUGAUCAUGAACGAACAUUAACAUUGGAAAUCGAAAAACUAAAUGUUCAUCAUCAAUCGAAUAUUGGUAUGAGUGUCACUAUUCCCCGUCAUUCCGAUGCAUCAACAUCAUCAUCUCGAAAAACUCAAUCACCUCGUCCAUCGAAACUUGAACCAUUAGUAGUAACCAAUGGUGAAAUUCCACAUGAUCUGACAUUAAAUCCUAAUAAACCAUUAUUACCAAAACGUUUUGUUAAAUAA